AUGAGUUGUUAUGUUGGAUUGUUAGUUCCGGUUGCAGGUGUAGUGUUAUUUGGAUCGUUAGUUCCGGUUGGAGCAGGUGCAGAUAAAUUUGGAUCGUUAGUUCCGGUUGGAGCAGGUGCAGAUAAAUUUGGAUCGUUAGUUCCAGUUGGAGCAGGUGCAGCAGGUGCAGAUAAAUUUGGAUCGUUAGUUCCGGUUGGAGGAGGUGCAGAUAAAUUUGGAUCGUUAGUUCCAGUUGGAGCAGGUGCAGCAGGUGCAGAUAAAUUUGGAUC